AUGUCAGCGCCUGGAGGCCCUUCAUGGAUGUGUCGCUCCACGGCCAGGCCCAACUUUUUGCUGUGGAUAUGGCUGGCGUCCACCUGUGUGAUCGCUGUUCAGGCCCAACAACACCCUGUGGUCACCACCAAUUAUGGAAAAUUGCGGGGAGUGAAGGUUACAUUACCCAAUGAGAUCCUGGGACCGGUGGAGCAGUAUUUGGGGAUCCCGUAUGCGUUGGCCCCAACGGGGGAGCGGAGGUUCCAGCCGCCGGAGCCACCCAUGUCCUGGCCUGGCAUCAGGAAUGCUACUCAGUUUGCUCCAGUUUGUCCUCAGUUCUUAGAGGACCGCUUUUUACUCAAUGAUAUGCUCCCUGUGUGGUUCACCGCCAACUUGGAUACAGUGGUAACCUAUGUGCAGGAGCAGAGCGAGGACUGCCUUUACCUGAACAUCUACGUCCCCACAGAGGAUGGGGCCAACUCAAACAAGGCGCAAGGCGCAGAUUUCAACAGUAAUGAUGGUGGCGGUGAUGAAGAUAUCCAUGAUGAGAAUGGGUUAAAGCCGGUCAUGGUUUACAUCCACGGAGGCUCCUACAUGGAGGGAACUGGCAACAUGAUUGACGGCAGCAUCCUGGCCAGCUACGGGAAUGUCAUUGUCAUCACAAUCAACUACCGGCUCGGAGUUCUGGGGUUUCUAAGCACAGGAGACCAGGCAGCCAAGGGCAACUACGGCUUGCUGGAUCAAAUUCAGGCUCUCAGGUGGAUCAAAGAAAACAUCCAGGCCUUCAAAGGAGACCCGAAGAGAGUGACCAUUUUUGGCUCUGGCGCUGGAGCAUCGUGCGUCAGCCUGCUCACCCUCUCGCAUUACUCAGAAGAUCUGUUCCAGAAAGCCAUCAUCCAGAGUGGCACAGCGCUGUCCAGCUGGGCGGUCAACUACCAGCCGGCCAAGUACACCCGUGCCCUGGCCGAGAAGGUGGGCUGCAACAUGCUGGACACCAUCGACUUGGUCGAGUGCCUGCAGAACAAGAACUACAAAGAGCUGAUCGAGCAGUACAUCACACCUGCGAAAUACCACAUCGCCUUCGGGCCCGUGAUCGAUGGCGACGUCAUCCCGGACGACCCCCAGAUUCUCAUGGAGCAAGGGGAGUUCCUCAACUAUGACAUCAUGCUGGGGGUGAACCAGGGCGAGGGAUUUAAGUUCGUGGACGGCAUCGUGGACAGCGAGGACGGGGUGUCUGCCAAUGAUUUUGACUUUGCUGUGUCCGACUUUGUGGACCAUCUCUACGGCUAUCCGGAGGGCAAAGACACUCUACGCGAGACCAUCAAAUUCAUGUACACGGACUGGGCGGACAAGGAGAACCCAGAGACACGGCGCAAGACCCUGGUGGCCCUCUUCACUGACCACCAGUGGGUGGCGCCAGCUGUGGCCACGGCUGAUCUCCAUGCCCAGUACGGCUCCCCGACCUAUUUCUACGCUUUCUAUCACCACUGUCAGAGUGACAUGAAGCCGAGCUGGGCCGACUCGGCCCACGGCGAUGAAGUGCCGUACGUGUUUGGGAUCCCCAUGAUUGGCCCCACGGAUCUCUUCAACUGCAACUUCUCCAAGAAUGACGUGAUGCUGAGUGCUGUCGUCAUGACCUACUGGACUAACUUUGCGAAAACAGGGGAUCCAAACCAACCAGUUCCACAGGACACAAAGUUCAUCCACACAAAACCCAACCGGUUUGAGGAGGUAGCCUGGACCAAGUACAACCCUAAAGACCAGCUCUACCUUCAUAUUGGCCUCAAACCUCGAGUGCGAGACCACUACCGUGCUACCAAGGUUGCUUUCUGGUUAGAACUGGUUCCACACCUCCACAACAUAAAUGAAUUUUUUCAAUACGUGUCCACCACCACUAAGAUACCUCCGCAGGACACCACCCCGUACCCUUACACCAAACGGUUCCCCGGCAAAAACAACUGGCCAUCCACUACCCGUCACCCAGGGGUCCCACCCGCCAACACCAAACAGACCACGGACCAGCGCAAGAGUGGCGACCUGACCGACGAGUCAACUGUGGUGAUCGAGACCAAGAGGGACUACUCCACCGAGCUCAGCGUGACCAUCGCGGUUGGAGCGUCCCUGCUCUUUCUCAACAUCCUCGCUUUCGCUGCCCUCUACUACAAGAAGGACAAGCGGAGGCAUGAGUCAAACCGGCGUGUCCCCACCCCUCAACGCAACUCUGCUCCAACGAACACGCCCUCCACGGCCAACGACGUGGCCCACCUGCAGAGCGAGGAGCUGAUGUCCCUGCAGAUGAAGCAGCAGCAGCUUGAGCACGAGCACCACCACGAGUGCGAGUCGCUGCAGACCCACGACACGCUGCGCCUCACGUGCCCGCCCGACUACACCCUCACCCUGCGCCGGUCGCCAGACGACAUACCCCUGAUGACGCCCAGCACCAUCACCAUGAUCCCCAACUCACUGGCCGGCAUGCAGCCUCUGCACAACUUCAAUACUUUCGGUGGCAGCCAGAACAGUACCAACUUACCCCACGGCCACUCCACCACACGCGUAUAG